UAGGUCAAGACCGCCAUUGAAAGAGAUUCUCCGAACUCUGCUUCUUCCUCUGCUUCGGGAGGACACCUGACGCUCUCUCUCUCAUCGCGAGCAUGGCGGAGAGCGGCGCCGCCCAACCGCACCACGACGAUCUCUUCUCCACCGUGAUCUCCGACAUCAGGACCUACGCCGGCAAUGACCCGCUUCUCCCCUGGCUCCGCGGGAUCAGGAGGAUGAAGGAGCGCCUUCCGACGCUGGUCCUGAAGGAGAAGCUCCCCAGGUUCCUCCAGAAGUGCGCCGAGAAGUUCCAGUCGGACCGCCGCUACAGGAACGACUUGCGUUACCUUCGCGUUUGGUUGCAGUUGAUGGAUUAUGUCGAUGAUCCGAAGGUACUUUUGAGGGCAAUGGAGAUGAAUCGCAUUGGGAUGAAGCGGUCUCUCUUCUACCAGGCAUAUGCUCUUUACUUUGAGAAGAUGAAGAAGUUCGAGGAAGCUGACAAGAUUUAUCAUUUAGGAGUGCAGAACCUUGCCGAGCCGGUGGAUGAGCUGCAGAAAUCGUACGAGCAAUUUCUCCAUCGAUUGGAGAGACACAAGAUUAAGAGGAUCCAGCAUCAAGAAAGGAAAGCCACCAAAGAAAACAUUUGCCACUCUUAUGGAAGGCAUGAUGGGACAUGCCAUGACAAUAACAUUAAGAAAUCAGUUCCUCAGGACCAAAAUGUAGAUGUGGACCAAAUUUGGGAGGAAAAGUCUCAAAAUGGUAAGCUACUGGCACAAUCGAGAACUGAUGUGGUUGUGGGGAAGGAAGGGAGUGGGAGGAUGGAACUUAGAAAAGCAUCAAAGCCGCUAUUGACAGAGGAAAAGAAAGUGGAUGAACCUGCCAUAUCUUGCCGUGAUACUGUAGCGGUAGAUACUGCCCUUCUUGGAAAGCCUGAGGCAGAAGACGCAUGCCAUCAUGGACUGGUGGAACCAACAGUAAACAUGAAGGAGGCAAUGAAUGCCAUCAACAGCAUGUUCAGUGAGCCAAUUGAGAUGCCAGUUGGCAGAGGAUCGCUUAGGAGCCACAAGAGGGAAAAGCAGAGUUCCAGCAGCAAUUUCAAGGUUUUUAUUGAUGAAAACCCAGAGAAGCAAGUUGAUGCAUCUCAAGGUCAGAAAUGGGAUAAGAGUUGUUCACUUCAGCACACAAGAUCCACACUUGCUCAGCCUCAAGAGGAAGGAUUUCAAAUAUACAUUGAUGAGGAAGGAAAUGAUGAUGGAAAGGAGAAUGGAGACUCAGAGCAGGAUCAAGCACAAAAUGUCUCUAAUUCGCAUGCGAAUGCUUUCGUGUUCCUUCGACCAAAAGAUCUUGCUUCUGAAAACUCUGAUGAGCUAGGUAUAGCAAGCUCAUCCAGGAAGUUCAGAGAGGAUACAGUCGUUCGCAAGUUUGUUGGUUCAACCAUAAUAGAUGAGCCAGUGGUGGAGAAUGCUUGCCACCAUGGCCUAGUAGAACCCACAAUCAACUUGAAAGAGGCCAUGGAGGACAUAAAUAACAUGUUUGGAAAGCCAAUAGAAUUUGUAAGAUCUAGAAGAUCAAAGAAGCGGGAAAAAACAUUGGCGAAGGAGGAUUAUAAUAGCGGAUUUCUGAUACUUCCUGAUGAUGAAUUGGAACAUCAACUGGCUGUGGAUCCAGGAAUAUCGGCAGUGAAAGCUCUCGACGGGGAAAAAGAUAUAGGUUUUUCAAUCCUCUCAGAUGACGUAGAACAUCCUAAACACAAGUUGGCACCACAACCAUCCAGCAAAAUAAGAGAAAGUGACUUGUUUGAGCCAACCAACUUUACUAAGCAGGCCAUGGAUGAUAUCAACAAGAUGUUUGGAAUGCCACUGGAUUUCUAAGAAACUCUUGUGCUGAUUCAGAUGAUACCUGCCUCCACCUCGGAUUGGUUGUGUUCUGCCGUGUUUAAGCUUUUUUAUAUGCUGGAUGACGAGCGUAUUGCAUUGUCAAAUUGUUGAAUGGAGUUUAUAUCGGUAACUCUUUUUAUUUAUUUACACUUUCUAUUAAACUAUACUUCUGUCCGAGUGGCUAACUGCAAGAGCUGAUGUGAUCUAAGGUUUUGUCAGAAAGCUUGGUAUCUUUAUUUCGAA